AUGCUUCGAUAUGAACGUGUGACAUCAUCCAUAGCUUCUUCUCAACCACCAACAAAUUUAAUUGAAACAGAAUCAAAUACUAAUAAUUCUAAUUCUAAUAAUAAUAAUAAUAAUAAUGGAGCAGAUAAUGGAUUGAAUACUAUAAGUCAUACAUUACCAAAGCAUGAUAUUGAAUUUAAUGUUUGGACAAAACGUGAUUGUGAAGGAACAGCUCGAGUCAAUGGAAAUCGUUCAUGGUUUUAUUUUGGUGUUAAAGGUGGCCAUGGAAAAUGUAUUCGAUUUAAUAUAAUGAAUUUAAAUCGACAAGGUAGAUUAUUUGAAAUGGGUAUGUUACCAGUUUUUCGAACUGUGCCUGGACAUGAAAAAUGGUCAAGAAUAUAUGUACGUCCUUGUUGGGAAACAGUCAAUGAAGAUUUUAAACUAUCAUUUAUUCAUCGUAUAGCAGAUUUAAAAAAUUCUAUAACAUAUUUCGCCUUUUGUUUUCCACAUUCAUAUGAAGAUAUGCAACUAUUACUUAAUGCAUAUGAUAAUUUAUAUAAUUCACGAUUAGCUGAUUACUAUUUAGAACAUCCAUCAUUACCGGUAAAUAGUGCAGAUAUUUAUUAUCAUCAUGAAACAUUAUGUUAUUCAUGUGAUUCAAAUAAACUUGAUUUAAUUACAAUAACUUCUUAUAAAGGCAUAACCAAAGAACGUGAACAUCAUUUUGAUAAAAAAUUAUUUCCUGAUGCACCAACAAUAACAAAACGUCCACAUCAAUUUCGUAAUAAACGUAUUUUCUUUCUUUCAAGUCGUGUACAUCCCGGUGAAACACCAGCUGCAUUCGUAUUUCUUGGUUUUUUGGAUUUUAUUCUUAAAACUGAUGAUCCUCGUGCAAGAUUAUUACGUGAUUUAUAUAUUUUUAAACUAAUACCAAUUCUUAAUCCUGAUGGCGUACAACGUGGUCAUUAUCGUACAGAUCAAUUUGGUGUCAAUUUAAAUCGUAUGUAUCUUGAUCCUGAUUUUGAAAAACAUCCAUCAAUUUAUGCUGCUAAAAGUCUAAUUGCUUAUCAUCAUAUUAACAAUUGUAUAUCAUCACGAUCACCCGUAUCUGUUUAUGAUGUAUUUAAAGAUGUUAUGCCACCUGAGCAAUCAAAUCAACAAUCAAUACCAAUUAUACAAGAUAAUCAACAUAUAUUAAAUGAUAAUCAAUUUCAGGGAAAAUCAACUCCAAGACGAACACAUUUUCAACAAGAAAUUCUUUACGAAACAACAAUGAUGCAUUCAACACAACCAAAUAAUAAUGCUUUUGAAAAUUUAUCUUUAGAUGAACAAAUAAUUAAUGAUGACAAUGAACCAUUUUUUAUCGAACGAAGUGAAAGUGGUUUAAAUCCAACUGUAACAACAGAAAUUGAUGAUGCAGAAAUGCAACGUACGUCUCCAUAUGCAUUUCAUUAUUUUAAUGAAAACUUAGAACUUCAUCGAGAUUUAUUUAUUAUUGAUAAUGAUGAUGAAGAUGAUGGAAAUCUUCGAAAUCAAAUAAAAGGUAAUGAAGGUUCAGAUGAUGAUGAUGAUAUGCCUUCAUCAGGUCAAACUAAUGACAAUGGUAUUCAUGAAGUUAAAUCACCACAUUUAGCAAAUCCGGAUUUUCUUAAAAUAUCUUCUCACGAAAGUGGUGUUGCUUAUUAUAUAGAUUUACAUGGUCAUGCAUCCAAAAAAGGUUGUUUCAUUUAUGGUAAUCAUUUACCUGAUGAUGAUCAACAUACUGAUAAUGUUCUAUUUGCAAAAUUAAUCUCACUUAAUUCUCCACAUUUUGAUUUUGAAAAUUGUAAUUUUACAAUAAAAAAUAUGUAUAUGAAAGAUAAACGUGAAGGUUUAUCUAAAGAAGGUAGUGGUCGUGUUGCUCUUAAUAAGCAUUUUGGUAUACUACAUUCCUAUACACUUGAAUGUUCAUAUGCUGUUGGUAAAUCAUGUAAUUCAAUAACAGCAGCUGAAAAUGAUGCACAUGGCGGUCGCAUAUCUCCUGCAACACCAUUUUCAUUACCACCAAAAUUUACUAUUGAACAUUAUCGUGAUGUUGGUAAAGCAUGUGCUUUAGCAGCAAUUGAUAUUUUACCUGGACGAAAUCCAUUUACACGUGUUAGUCAAUCAACAUUUAAAACUUUACAUACAUUACGUGAUUUUCUUAAACAUCAAAUAAGACAACAACGUAAUCGUAUUGGAAAUUCUCGAAUAAUUGCAUCAACAAUACCAUCAUCAUCAACAACAACGACAACAACAACAACAACAAAUCGUGUUAAACAACAACAAUAUAUGGCAAGAGUUACACAAACAUAUCGAACAAUGACUUAUUCAAAUAAUUUAUCAGCCGUUACACAACAACAACAACAAAUGACAUCAUCAUUUCCACUUGUAUCUAGUGCUCCACCAAGUACUAUAACAAAUCGAAUGAUGUCAAAUAAUCAAUUAAAUCGUAUAUCAGCAACAAAUUCUCAUCAAUCAACAUCUUCUUCACGUUUUAAAUCAACUUAUGAUAAUCGACGUUAUUCAAAUGUUCAAACACCAUAUAAACGAUCUUUACAAACUCCAAUAACUCCAAAUUCUAAAGUAACACCAACAUUACCUCGAACUGAAACUUCAACAUUACCAUCAGCUCGUCUUGUACUUCAACAACAAAUAUCUUCUCCUGGUCGUUUACAACAUUUACAACGACAAUCAUCUUCAUCACCACAAUUUAUUACACAAGUUGGUGCAAUGCUUGAUCCUCUAGUUGUGGGACGAACUCGUCCAACACCAUUACCACCACCAGCAGCUCGAAAUGCUAUUCAUCGUAAUGCUGUUAGUCUUAAUGCUCUACCAAUAAAUCAACAAAGUGGAACAAUGACACGAGGACGUUCACAAAAUUCUGCACAUAAAGGCUCAUUAUCAACUCGAACAUCAAAAAUAAGACAACAAUCAUUAGCUCCAUUUAAUCUUCAUCAACCGCCUCCUAUACCGUAUUCGUCAGCAACUGUCAUAUAUCAACAUCCAUUAAAUACUGAUCAGCCGCCAGUAUUUUUUGAGUGA